CGCAAUUCCAUCUAGCGCUCUCAUCUCCAUUGCCUCGUCAUCUUUUAUCCUCUGUUUUUCUUUCAACCUACUAAUGGCCGGCGUCAUCAGCAAGCUCAUUGAGGAAAUAGACUGGCGCGACCAACUGGCGCAGGUCCUCGCGCUUGCCGAGUCAAUUGGAUACAGAAAGCUUGCCGCUGGGGCAGUUGCAGGCUAUGUGUCGUGGAAAAUCAUCUACGCCUCGUUCUUCUCGCCGCUACGCAGCAUUCCAGGACCGUUCUUGGCACGUCUGACAGGCUUGCGCUCAGAGUACAUUGCGGCUGCCGGCAAAACCGGCCACUAUGCCGAAUCUGAGUACGAGAAAUACGGCGACAUUUAUGUGCACGGGCCCAAUGCUGUCAGCAUAUCCAAUCCAAGCGACUGCCGCACCCUCCUGGGCUCACACGCUUUCAUAAAAUCCGAUUUUUACAAGAGCGUCGACAUCUUGGGCGUCCACAAUAUCUUUUCCACGCGCGACCCACUGUUCAACCAAAUGCGCCGCCGCCAGGUUGGCCCGUCGUUCACUGCUGGCUACCUUGCUAAGAUGGAGGGCAAGAUUAUCCAGCACGGCACGCUGUCGCUGAAGACCAAGUGGGAUGGCGUGAUUGCAAAGGCCGAGCAGGAUGGCACAGACGCCAUCAUCAACAUCAAUAACGACCUGCUGUUCACAACGUUUGACGUUACUGGUGCGCUUGCCUUUGGCCGCAACUUUAAUGCACUGAAGAACAACGACCCAACCAUCAUUGAGUGGGUGGCGGACGCGGUCAUGUACUUUGGUCUGAUCACCAACGUCCCUGCCCUCCUCUACUUCCCAUUCAAUCUUUUUGUGCGCCGUCUGAAGCACCAUCUUUUGUGCCUGGCUGACUUUAGCCAGGAGUCUGUCGAUCACCGAAAAAACCUGCUUGCCCAGGGUGAAGAGAAGCCUGGUGACCUGCUGGCUGCAUUCAUGGACGCGGUUGAUCCUGAAUCCAAGAUCCGAAUGAGCCAUACUGAGCUACUGGCCGAAAUGGUUAUUACCCUUAUGGCCGGCUCCGAAACCUCGUCCAACACCAUCAUGUGGACGAUGCACCUCCUCAUGCUUUACCCAGAGUGCUACAAGCGCGUCGUUGAUGAGGUACGCUCCACCUUUGAUAAGGACCACACAAUCAGAUAUAACGAGGGUCGCCAGAAUCUUCCCUACUUGGAGGCUGUGCUCUACGAAAGUAUGAGAGUGAGGCCGGUGGCCAGCGGGAAUUGGCCGCGGGUUGUGCCCAGGGGCGGAGCCACAUUCCAGGGGCAUUUCCUUCCUGCAGGCACCAUCGUCAUUGCAAACUUCUCAGGCGUCAGUCGCCACAAGGACACUUGGGAAGAUCCAUACCGCUUCAUCCCUGAGCGCUUCCUGGACAACGAAGCUGUCAAGCGCCGCAUCUUCGCCUUCAGCACUGGAGUGCGCAUCUGUCCUGGAAGAAACCUGGCAUGGAUGGAGAUGGUCACAAUCCUUGCGAACAUGCUCAAGGAUUACGACUUUAAGCUACCUGACGGUGCGGCAUUUGGCCCAGAGAUCUGCGAUGAGAACGGCUUGCCUAAGCUCAUGGCCAUGAAGCAUUUCAUUGUUGCACAGCCGCUGAAUGGCGAACAUGAUGCGCGCCUUAUUAUCACAAAGGCAAACUAGUCGUGCUUGGUUGAUUUGUUCUGUAUGGUUAUGGAUAAAGGAACCUUUACCUCUUUA